CCGUGCGCGCGCGCUCCCGCGCCGCCGCCACCGUGCGUGCGCGCGCGCCCGCCCCGGUUCUUAUAGCGGAGCCCGCAGCUGGCGGCUCGUGGGAGAGUCAUGGCGGCUGCGCUGCUUCUCGUCCUGCCUGCGCUGCUUUGCGCGCGGGCCUGGGGCGCGGGGUCCGUCUGGACCUCCAUGCAGGAGGUGGACUCCCGCAUCCACCUCACGUGCAGGCUGAACGACAGCAACGUGGAGAUCACGGGCCACCGCUGGGUGCGGGGCAACAAGGUGCUGCUGGAGGACAGCCAGCCUGGGCUGAAGAUGGAUUACUACAUGAGCCCCGAUGAUCACUCUGGCACCUAUUCCUGCAUCUUUCUCCCGGAGACCGCGGGCCGGGGUGAUAUCCAGGUGUCGGGACACCCCAAGGUGAAAGCCACGAAAAAGAUGGAGAACGUGGACGAGGGGGAGAACGUGGUGCUGAGCUGCACGGCUGAGGCCGACCCCCCUGUACAGUUCUGGAAGUGGUUCCGUGUGAACGAGUCUGGGGAGCAGCAACUUAUCGACAACCACACGCGCUCCGACAAGUACUACGUGGUGUCGCGGGAGUCCUCGUCCGAGCUGCACGUGCAGAACCUGCACGUGGAGGAGGACCCGGGCAAGUACACCUGCGAAGCCCACAACGACCUCGGCCAGGACUCGGAGGUGAUCGUGCUGCGCGUGCGCAAGCACCUGGCCGCCCUCUGGCCCUUCCUGGGCAUCGUGGCCGAGGUGCUCGUGCUGGUCACCAUCAUCUUCAUCUAUGAGAAGCGCCAGAAGAAGAACGAGAACCUGGACGAUGAAGACACGGGCUCCCAGCCACUGAAAAGCACGUCACACAUGAACGACCAGGGCAAAGAGCUCGGCGUUCGCCAGAGGAACGCCACAUGAGCCAGGCCGGUGGAAAAGCCUCAGGUGCUGGUGUCCCCGCGUGCCCGGCUCCCCAUCCAAGAAACCUUCCCACCAGAUGACACCCGGGGGCUCCGCCCCCUCCCCUUCCGUCCAGAACUAAACUAGGGUUUUCUAUGAGGAACUCCACCCCUUCUGGGACUGUCUGCCACAUUUCACAAGCCCCAGCUCCGCCUAGACCUCAGGAGACCCCAGGCUGCUUCCGCCCCACCCCCUCACCCUGCCCUUCCGGUCCUGUGCCCACUGCCUGAGUGGGCAUGCGUGUGUCCUGCUGUGAGGGGUCGCCCUGGCUGCUGGGUGGGACAGCUGGCCCCGAGAGUCCCUCUCCAGCCACCUUGCGGCCUCUUCCUCCACAGCCAAUAAACUCGGAUGUCUUGUCCUCUA